GCUGUGCAAUCCUUGGGGAAGACAGUGAGCUGUUAGUGUGUAUCCUUGUUACCGGGUAACAGGCAGCUCUGCAUUCAUUGAAGGGAAUAGUGAGCAGAGAGGUGGCUGCGUCGUCUGCUCUGCUACAGAUUCACAUAUUUCAAGGAAAUGGCAUCUGUCCUAAGGAAACCAGGAUUGGGUGUUGCUCAGCGAAAGAAAACUGGAGCAAAACCCGAGCUAACAGAGGAGCAAAAACAGGAGAUCCGAGAAGCGUUUGAUUUGUUUGAUACAGAUGGAUCUGGCACUAUAGACGUGAAGGAACUAAAGGUUGCCAUGCGAGCUUUAGGCUUUGAGCCAAAAAAAGAGGAAAUGAAAAAAAUGAUAGCAGACAUUGACAAAGAUGGUUCUGGUACAAUUGACUUUGAAGACUUCUUAGCUCUCAUGACGCAGAAAAUGAGCGAGAAAGACUCCAAGGAGGAAAUCAUGAAAGCCUUCCGGUUGUUUGAUGAUGAUGGAACAGGAAAGAUUUCCUUCAAAAAUUUGAAAAGGGUCGCCAAGGAACUGGGUGAAAACCUGACUGACGAGGAGCUUCAGGAAAUGAUUGAUGAAGCCGAUCGUGAUGGGGAUGGUGAAAUUAAUGAGCAAGAGUUUCUGAGGAUCAUGAGAAAGACCAGUCUUUAUUAAUUAAAUACUAGCUCUCAUGAACCAAUUUUGGUAACUUUUGUUCCUGUAUUAUUAUAACCAUGUCGGUUGAAUUACAGGUUGAUCUGCAAAUAAAAAAAAUAAAAAUAAAUAACAACAAAACAUGACUUUUUACCAUGUCAUAUCAUGAUAUGCCUAUUGAAAAUUAUUAGCAAAGCACUGUAUAUAAAUACCUCUUAACACUAUUCAAUUCAACUUUCUAUGUGGAUAAAACAAUUAUAAUUUAUAUUUAAAGAGUUAUUCACUAAACUUAAAAUUUUAGCGAAUCCAAAGGGAACGUAUAAUCACCAGAACUGCUACAGCUUAGUGUAGUAGUUCUGGUAUCUAUAGCAUGUGUCUGCAGUCCUGGCACUGCAAAUGUUGCAUUUUCAGAGAAAAGGCAGUGUUUACAUUGCUGCCUAGGAACACCUCUAUGUGCAGUCACUCAGACCGCCACUGGACAUGUUUCAGAGUUCUGCAUGGAGAUGCAUUGAUUCAGUGCAUCUCUAUAAGGAGAUGCUGAUUGGUACAGCGCAGUGUUUUGUGCCAGGGACCUAAAUAUGUAUUCCAGCACUAUAAUGUUCCUUUAAAUCUGAAUUUAAAAUUUGAGGCUAAAGUAGACAAGAUGUGACUGUAGUACAGCUGGAUCAUUUUUCUACAUCACCUACUUUAGCCUCAAUUUUGUGAUCUGGAUUUAAUUCACUAAGGUUUGGAGUUUAGUGAAUAAACCUGAUAAUGAGUUUGUAAUGCAUUCUGAUCUCAGCGUUCUAAUAACUGUUGUAUUCAGUAAAAGCACAUGUGCAAAUAUCUACUGUGGUUUCUACUAAUGUGUGUGUCUGUGUGUGUGUGCAUAUGUUUAAUUUUUAUAUAUAAUAUAUAUAUAAUUUUAUUACGGUAGCAAAAUACCUGAGAAUGUUGCUGGAUGCUGAGAUAUAAUUUGGUGUGAUAUAUAUUUUUUUUCUCUGUAUGUAUAACUAUCCCCUACAUCCUGUUUAAUAAUGUGUAAAAUACAUUAGUACAGUCAUUGUUCUAAAUGAUUUUCAAUAAAUAUAUUUUUUUGUAUA